AAGUCUUUCGAUUGCAGGUGGUAGUAUAUAAUAUAUCUAACAGAUUGUUGUUACGUUGCGUAGGCGUUACUAUACCGCCUAAAAGUUGUUUUAUUUUACGAUUAAGGGGAUGAAAUACUAAUCAACUAUAGACUUGUUGCCAUGGAAAAUAUGCAUUGCAAGUAUACAGUUGAACAAAUUUAUUGGCAAGUUAAACAUCUUAAAACAAUGGAGCCUGCUAAAAUAAUUGGAAAGCUAAAGGAGCAAGUGCGCAUGGAGCACAAUUCGCGUCGUAGUUUUCCAAAAACGUGGAACGAAAUUUCUGGCAAGCAAACUAACAAGUUCUACCACCAAUCUGAGAUUAAUUCCCAACUAACUAACCAGCUGAAAUUAAAAGAGCUGUGCCCUUUUCUGCACAACAACCAAGGCGAAUCGCGAUUCGUAUCUCCGGGGAUGUACAAACCUUUAGUGGCUGUCUGUCGUUGUGGCCGACCUAGGGAAAGCACCCAUAUGGGGAAAUGCUUACAGAGAGCGUUAAGUCCAGAUUACAAACAAGCCAUGAUGCAGAAAGGAGCUCAGGAAUGGAAUGCCGAGCCAUUGAGUGUGCCUUCCACUUCAAGCUCUACCAUUGGCUUCAUGGGCAUUUCGAACAACUACCAAAAGCUGGAGCGUUCUAUGCAAUAUGUUUCGCCUGCGUAUUCAAUGCCUGGCCCUCGAAUUACAGCAGUCCCUUACAAUAAUAUUAUUAUUGGAUAAACCA